AGCAAUAGCGCCUUACAGCACAUUUUGCUUACACGUAUUUCUCAAAACAAAACAAUUUGAGCAAGGAAACACAAAAAAUCCAAAAAAGACGAACAAUUUGCUGGGCUGUGUUAUUUUACGACUCAAUUCACGUCAAUGGACGAUAAAUGCAGAGUGUGCAUGGGAACGUCCAGACCAUUAACUAACAUUUUUGAUGAGACACAAAAAUGGGACACUUGUCUUGCUGAUAUGAUAGCCCAGUGUACAGGGUACGUGGUCAGAAGAGGUGAUUCACUAUCCGAAAACAUAUGUCCGCCUUGCCUUGAGGAUGCAGUUAGUUCAUUCAAUCUUAAGAAAACCUGUGAGCAGAGCCAUCAACUCUAUUUCUCACUGAUGGAAGAGGAUAAAGAAGACCCAUCUGAUAAUCAGGAAGACGAGACCAUAGAAAUAUCAGAAAGUGAAGACAAGCUGUCGGGCUUAUCUGGCGAUGAAAAAAUACAUAGAGAUAAGGAUCUCGUUCUUCGGUUCAAGUGUCCUCAAUGCCCGAAGUCUUAUAUGCGAAAAAACAGUUUACAAUAUCACAUCCGUAUGCACUCUGGUGAUCGCCCCUACAAGUGCUCCUUCUGCCUAAAAUCCUUUCCACAAAAAUUCAGACUUGAUUCACACACUCGCACUCACACAGGGGAUCGACCCUACCAUUGCUCCGAGUGUCCAAAGUCGUUUAUACUAAAAGCAGAACUCAAAGUACACAUCUAUUCACACACAGGUGGUCAACCGUACAAAUGCUCCUACUGCUCAAAGUGCUUCUCACAAAAAUCCACAUUUGAUAUUCACACCCGUGCUCACACAGGGGAUCGGCCCUACCAGUGCACCGAGUGCUCAAAGUCGUUUAAACACAAACACGAACUUAAAUUACAUAUCCGUACGCACACGGGGGAUCAUCCCCACAAAUGUUCAUUCUGCACAAAGUCUUUCGCACAAAAAUGCAGACUUGAUGCACACAUCCGUACUCAUACAGGGGAUCGACCUUACAAAUGCUCUGAGUGUCCAAAGUCGUAUAUACAUAAACACGAGCUCAAACUCCACAUCCGUACGCACACAGGUGAUCAACCCUUGAGUUGUUCCUUCUGCUCGAAAUCCUUCGCACAAAAAUGCAGACUUGAUGCACAUGUCCGAACUCACACAGGGGAUCGUCCGAACAAAUGCACCGAAUGCUCAAUGUCGUUCAUAUACAAACACGAACUCAAAUUACACAUGCGCAUGCACACUGGGGAGCGACCGUACGAGUGCAAUCAAUGUUCAAAGUCGUUUACACAGCCUAACAUCCUCAAAGUUCACAUGAAAACUCAUUCUGGGAAACAUCUUUAGCAGCUGAACUACUAACUUCAAAAACACACAUGAAAUGGAAAAAUGUACAUAUAUUUACAAUUUAAAAAAUGAACAACGAAAGUCAGAAAAAUUUAUUGUUAAUACCAAAUAUGUCAUUACCGUACAAUUUCUCCGAAUUCUGUUCGAGGAUAGUCUAUUUCCAUUCUUUUCAUUAGCCGUUGAUAGGGUUAUAGCCGUAUAAGCAUUUUUCACAUAUUAUGCAUGCAGCAGUUUCCGCAAGGUGGUUCGAGAAGCUCACGAUCCGUGACAAUCAAUUGCGUCUGAGAUAUACGCUAGAGACCUGUGUACGGAUUGAUUGUAAAGAUAAUAAUAUCUAAGUGUAACCUAGAAAAGGCAGAUGGAAGCUUAAGAAACAGAUGCAUUCUAAUACUUAAUAAAAGUCAAAAGAUUUUAUUCAUCCAAA